CGUACCUAAGAUGGUCUCUAAUAUUGUGGAUACGAAUCCUGAGAAGACAGUUUCUGGAGAGUGUGACAAAAAAUACUUUAAAAUGUCAGUUGCUGUUCCAACACCAAUCAACCCCAAGCCUUUCUUGAACCAGCUCACUGGUCAGGCAGUCAUUGUUAAGCUCAAAUGGGGCCAUGAGUACAAAGGCAUCCUUGUGUCAGUUGAUGGCUACAUGAAUCUUCAGCUUGCCAACACAGAAGAAUACAUUGAUGGUCAGUCCCCUGGCAGUUUAGGAGAGGUGCUGGGCCGCUGUAACAAAGUCCUUUACAUCAGAGGAGCUGAAGAUGAUGACGAAGAAGAAGGCCAAAUGAAGGAAAAGUAUAAAUAUGCUAAUUAAAGAUAAAUUGCACAUAAGUUUAUCAGUUGUAGGAGUGUGUUGUA